UAAUAGGUAGAUUUAAUCUUUGAUAAGAUCUUUAAAAUGGAAGAUUCAUCUGGGUUUGAAUGUGAGAUCUGCUCUAAAGAAUUCAGCUCUAAUAAAAAAUUGAAAGCACACACAAGACUUCAUGUUGUACCCCGGGCUUACCCAUGUGUUGUGUGUGGGGAAAUAUUCAUUGAUAUGGUUCUUUUACAACAUCAUAUGUUAACACAUACAGGAAAGGAGAGCCAUAAAUGCAAUGUUUGCCAAAAGUUAUUCUCUCGUAAAACAACAUUACAAAUCCAUAUGCGAUUACAUGAUUGCAAUACUAGUAAAUACGAAUGCAUGGAAUGUGGUAAAGCAAAUGGUACAAAAUAUGAUUUAGAAUGCCAUAUGAGAACACAUACUGGCGAACGACCUUUUGUAUGCGAAAUUUGUGAGCCAUCGGUCAGCUUUGCGACGAAAUCAAGUUUACAUCGACAUACGAGAAGGCAUUCUGGAUAUCAGCCAUAUUCAUGUAAAGCAUGUGACAAAUCUUUUGCUCGCAAGGAUCAAUAUACAAGACAUAUUGGAAAACAUCUUCAAUACCAUUGUCAAAUAUGUGAUAAAUAUUACUCAACUUAUCAAAAAUUCUCCCAGCAUAGAGCAUGGUGUAUAGUGCCUAUGACACCUACAAGUCUAUUCGAAGAUGAAAACCUUACUACAAGUCAUUUAGAUUUAACUAGCACGGAACAAUUCACUUUUCCAUUACCAGAAUCUGAUAGUCAAGCAAAGACAUUGUCGUCUGAUAAUAUUGCUACCAUAAGUGAAUCAGAUUCACAAACUCAAGCAAAGGAAUUUAACUCAGAUAUUACUGAAGAUAAAAAAACUAUUGUAAUACAUAUUUCAUUAGACAGUGAUGAUUAAUAAAAUGGUGGCCUGCUGUGACUUUAUUUCUUUACUCGGAUAAUUGGACAUGAAUUGAAUUAUUUUUGCAAAACAUGAGAUUCUUUGAGAAAUUGAAUUUUGAUAACAAAACGAGGUCAAGCCUUCUUAAAUUGUCUCCAAACAAUUCUAUAUUUUGACUUGGACUCCCAUCCCUGGGGAGUUUAAUAAUAUGACUGUGGCUUAAAUAUCAUUAGAAACAUGGCUAACUCUUAACACCACAACCGCGAUAGUAGUAUUGUUUUCUAUAUGUCAACUCUGUUUUCAAGACUUUAUUUAUGAAUAAAUUUUAAAUCCUUGUUUUAGAUUCUUCUUAUAGUUCUAACUUAUCAAUCAUAUUUGUUAGCAGAACAAGAUGGUGAAAGAACCGAAACAUGGCAACCCUGGGUCAAGUAUGGUGCAAUACAACCUUAUGGCAAUGCGGCAGAACUUUGGAAUAGCGGAAUAUUGCAGAACUGGAGUAUCUGCCCUUGGCGGAGUGACCGCAGGGAUUCUAGGAUUGACCGGACUUUAUGGAUUCGCGUUUUAUGUUAUUUGUGCUUUAUCGCUAUUUAUAGGAAUACUCAUCAAAGCUGGAUUCGGUUCGUCACACAAAUAUUUCUUGUCUAGAAAGUCUGUUCUGUUAACGGGACAAUUUGGUGCUCUGUUUACUUAUAUUUUAUUCUGGACAUUUUUAUAUGGAAUGGUUCAUGUGUAUUGAUGAAUACAAGAUUCAUGAUUUAUUGGACACUAAGUGGCUCAGUGGUUGCUAAAUUAUUGUUGUUGUUGGGAACUUCAUUGAUAAUGGAAGAAGGAUACUGACUUUUUUCAAAUUAUUUUGUUCCAAUCGGUCAGCAAUAUUAUGGAGACCGCGAAUGUAUUGCUCUUCUUUUUGAUGAAGACUUAACUAUAGAUUGAAUAUGAUUGAUUCUGAAACACAAUUUAUAUAAAAUGUGUUUGUAUUUUUCUG